GCCUCGAACUACGUGUACAUCGGGCAGAUGAAGAAACUCUCGUGGAUACUCCAGCCUGAACAUGUUCGUAGAUUCAGACGAUUUUCAUCCAGCAGCAAACAACGGACGCGUUGGCAAUAUAUACAUAUCGUUGGUAAAUUGUCAAAAGCUCGAACAUGUUUGCAGAGUACACUAUUCUGCAGCAUGUACGUCAUGCGUUUGUACUACUCAUGCAAGAUUCACAAGCGGAUCAGCUUUAUCGCGCUUGACGAACAGCCCAUCCAGCACAAGAUCACCAAGUGCGUUGAAGGAUGCGAUUAA